AUGGAUUGCGAUGGUGAUGAUGGUGAUGAUGAUAACCAUUAUCGUAUACAGAAUAUCCAUUUGGGGGAUAAUAGGAUUGUUGCAUUGGCUGAAUCAUUGGUUGAAUCAUUGGUUGGAUUCCUGGCUGAAUCAUUGGUUGCACCACUGGUUGGAUACCCAUUGGGGGUACAAAUACUUCUGGCUGGACUCCCAUUCCUGGAUAGAAUUGUUGAGGAUAAGGAUCAUAUGGUCUAUAAAUUGUUUUUUUUUUUCGUUGAAUUAAUAAUUAAUUACACAGUAGAUUUUGAAAUUAGUAAUGAAAAAACAAAAAACAUCGUCAAAAGACAAAAAAAAUUGAAUGGGCCAAAAAAAAAAAAAAAAAAAAAACUAAACAAUAAAAAAUAA